AUGUCUAUUUCUGAAGAUGAGUUAGAGCAAGUUGAGGUUGAGCCAUUGCCUUUUUCUGGUACCUGGAAGUGGGAAAACGAAAUUGAGAACAAAGAGCAAAGUGAAAAGAUAAUCGAACAUUUGUCUGGUCGUGAUACUUUAGACAGUGAUAAGACUGAGGAUCUGUUAAAGAAGAAACCUGAGGUCAACGCAGAUUUUGAGAGACUAUUGCUAGGAUCACCUGAUUCUUCCUAUUUAUGGAUCAGCUACAUGGCUCUUCAACUUAAACUUUCGGAAAUCAAUAAAGCACGCGAGAUUGGUGAACGUGCGCUUAAAAUUAUUAAUUAUCGGGAGGAGCAAGAAAGAUUAAAUAUAUGGGUUGCCCUUAUGAAUUUAGAGAAUAAUUUUGGGACAGAUGAGAGUAUGGAAAAUGUCCUACGACGGGCUUUACAGACGUGUGAUCCGAAAAAGAUAUAUCUUCUGCUCGUGGGAAUUUAUGAAAAGUCUGGCAAAAAGGAGCUUGCACAACAAACGUAUCAAAUUAUGAUCAAAAAAUUUUCGCAAAGUUCAAAAGUUUGGACAAAGAUGAGUUUAUUUUAUGUUAAAAACGGUGACAUUCAGGCAUCACGUGAUUUACUUCAAAGAAGUUUAAAGUGUUUGCCGAAGCGAAAACACGUCAAGGUUAUAACGAAAUUUGCAUUGAUGGAAUUUAAACAUGGUGAAGCUGAAAGAGGUCGUACGAUCUUUGAAGGAAUGAUGAGCAGUUAUCCUAAGCGCGUGGACUUAUGGUCAAUAUAUAUCGACAUGGAAUGCAAGGUUGGAGACCUGGACACUGUUCGGCAAGCGGCUUUUCCAAAGGAUCACAACGAUGAAUUUGCAGGAAAUAGAAUUGAAGAUAUGAAAAUUUACCAACUCUUAGCCCCCCUAUUUUACUUUUACGGGUCUAGCGAAGCACUAAAGGAAGAUAAAAAAGUCUUGCUUGCAGACGUAAAGACUAUCACCUUUUAUCGCGGGAAACUCACCACAGGCCGAAGAAAUGAGCCAAUUAGACAAAUGCAAUGUGUCGGAGGAGAUGCUUGUCAUGAAUUCGUCCCUGACGUGGUACAAUGCACUAAUGUUGGAUCUGACGGAACAGGUCAGUUCUGUGAGAAAAGUUUUGAAAUGCCAGGUUCAACUAACAUUUUGUCGUUUCAAGAUACCAAUUGGCGUUGUGAUGCCGAACUUCCCAAAUCUUUGAAAUUUGGACCUAUAACAGUGUCUUGCGAAGGGUACAAUUAUCCUGAGGAUCCAUAUAUCUUGAGAGGCUCAUGCGGACUUGAAUACACCCUCUAUCGUACUAAUGUUAGAGAAAAUGAGGGAUUCUUUCAGUGGUUCAAUGAUAACCCAGAGCUGUUUGAAGAAGAACAUGAUUUGGUUCCGGCUAUGAUACUUGGAGCAAUGCUCCUCUUAAUAGUUCAUCGUCAUAUGGACUUUCCAAUGGUUUUUGGCCAGGGGUUGGACUGGCUGGUAUGGCAGGCUAUUACCUUGGCAGCCGAAAUCGACAUCGAAGACAGAGGUGGUGUAAAUCUUGAAGUUAAACACAUAUUUACAUUAUUAGCUCACAUUAUUUAUUCAAUUUGUAGAGAUCGUGUUAUUCAAGAAACUCACACAUCAUCGUCACCUAUUGCUGAAUCGUCUAGUAUGGCCAAUGCUAGAGGUUUUGGUGUAACAAGAAGAAGAUAG